UAAAAUAUGGAACGAGUUUUAGCACUGCGCUGACAUCUUGCUGACGUCUCGCUGAAUAACGGGAUGCGUGGUAGAUGUCGGCUCGCUGAACCGCAGUUUAAAAUGUAUUGUAAAGACAAUGAUCGUCUAAGUUCAGAGAAUCCUUCCACGAAAAGAAUAAGUUGUCACAAAACACGUCAGGAGUUGUUCAACCAAUCAGAUUAUUUGUGCGUGACGUCAGAAACAUGGCGACUGUGUCGAAAACAUGUAGGAAUUUUUCCGAAGAGGAAAAGAACGUCCUGACUGAAGUUAUUAAAAAUUAUCCUGUAGUCGAGGAGAAGGGGUAUGAUAACCGUACUCUAGCGGCGAAAAAAACCGCAUGGGAGAAGAUUCAAGUCGAAUUCUCCUCAUCAUUUCCCCGUAGAGCAGCUCGUACAAUAGAACAAUUGAAAGGUUGCUGGAAGCGAUUAAAAAUAGAUGCCAAAAAAGAGGCAGAUAAUAACCGAUAUGCUGCACAUAUAACAGGUGGAGGACCAGCACUAUCAUCGUUGAAUCCUGCCACUCAAGUGGUUUCAUCUGUUUUGGGUGAUGGUAUUGAACCAUUAUCCAAUCCAGAUGAUCCACCAUCACCACUUAUCAUUAAAUGUGAAAAUAAUACUGAAAUACUUACAGCUACAAAUGAAUGCUCUAAUUCAGGAUUAUUUUCACCUGUAAUGGUAAGUGAUGCAGCUGUUAAGAAAAAUAUGGAAGUGGCAGAUGAUCCAUCAUCAACUAAAGGAAAACUCAUUAACUCAUCAUUAGAAAAAGUCCAAAUCCUGCUAAUGGAGAGCAUAAAAACAGAGAAAAUGAAACAAGAUACAGAAAAGAAAAAGCAAGAAGCAGAACAACUUAGGAUAGAGGUGUUAAAGUUAAAAAAGUUGAAACUACUGAAAGAACUAGGAUUAUCAUAAGUUAAAUACAUUUAAUUAUUAUAAAUAUUAAAAUGUUUAGCUAAGAGUAGUCAUAUCAUAUUAAUAAACAAUUAGAUGAUGAUGGAAAAAUAUCAAAGACACAAUACACUAAAAAUUAUAAUCUUUAUUUUCAUAUAAUGUGUAAUUAUUUCAGUAAGUUGUAUUGCAUAAAAGAACAGCAAAAGUGAAGCAUGAUCCAUACAUAAUAUAUAUAUAUAUACAAUUGUAUCAAACAGCUAUUUAGCUAUCAUUUGUGAUUACAGAAUCAUGUUUAACAUAUAUCAAAUUCUUUAUUCACAUUCUCUUUUAUCCUGUAUGUCAAAAAGUAUGUAAGUUAUAAACAGUUUUACACAAAUACCUCUUAAUUAUUAUAUACAAAUAUUUAAUUAAAAAUGCUAUAAAUAGCAACUGUCUAAUGAAAAUUUUUGAAGUACA